AUGGUCGUUUUAGAUUAUGUCGAAAAUCUCAACCUAGACUAUGUUGCCCUUAAUCUCUCCGGAGACUACUAUUUGCAAUGGGCACUUGACACAAAGAUUAACUUGAGGUCAAAGGAACUCGGUGAUGCUAUCAUCGAGGGCAACAAUGAGACAGAUAAGAAUCGGUACAUGGCUAUAAGUAUUAUACGCCACCAUCUCAUUGAGGGUCUAAAAGAUCAGUACCUCACCAUGGAGAAUCCACUAGACAUUUGGACCGCUUUACAGCGACGAUAUGAUCACCAGAAAACGAUAGUCUCAAUGAUGAGACUUUGUGGUGAGGAAGUAUCCGAGAAAAAGUUGCUUGAUAAAACAUUCUCCACGUUCCAUUCGACGAACGUGUUGCUGCAACAGCAUGAGAUGAGACCCAUCGGAACAACAUCAUUACCAGAAGCCAAUGAGGCUGAAAAGAAAUAUCCCAAAGAGUGCAACCACGUCCAUGAUGAUAAGAGAUCACACGGCAAAGGCCGUAGUAGAUACAAAGGACGUGGCCGUGACAACUACUCAUAUGGCCGGCAAGGAAACCACAAUAACUGUGGUCGUGGUUCCAGCUAUGGUCAUGGCCGAGGAAGUUAUUGCCGUGGUCGAGGCGAGAGCCUUAAGAACAAGAACCCGGAAGCCCAUAUGGUUCAUGAUACCGGGUAUGAUGCUGAUGAUGAUUCCGACCUUGAAAAGGACGACCACUUGGAUUUUGAGACUUCUGAUUGUCUCAAAGACUAA